GGCGGGAAGUGUCCAGCCAUGGACUCCUGUGGGCCUGAAUGCCCCGCAAAACCUCUGCGUGACUUGAUCUUGCGCUGGCUUGGCACGGAGAGCCGCGGCCUAGAAAUGUGUGCGCUCGCCAAAGACUGCGAUGCACUGCUAGCUACCUGCCCCUCCCUCCCGCCCCCUCUCUUGCUCUGCUGCAACGGGGCUGCCGCUCCGCUUGCGGCCCUAGUGUCCGCACUUUCGUCGCUGCUGCGCCGGGAGGUCGCGCCCUCGCUAGCGCGCGCGGGCUUGCGCCAGCAGCCCCGGCAAGUUGUCUCCCCGUACGCUGGGGGAAUCCGGCUGGGGGAUGCCGUCCCGUCGCGCCCCGCCGAGGGGCCCGAGCCCUGUAGCUCCGUCCGCCUGGAGGUGCUGAACCCCGGCCGCCUGGGCUUCCUGGCCCUGGGCACUGAUGUGUUCUUGGAGUGGCGCCUCCACGCUGUCGCCCACGUUUUAUCCGGGAGUGGCGCCGACAUUUGCGUGCUUCCGGGUGCGCGCCUGCCUCCUGGGGCAGUUCUGCCGGCGGGCUUCCCGUUCUCGUGGCUGGGCCCACGAUCGGUCUCUUGGGGCGCGGUCGGUAUUUUUGUGCGCACCGAGAUUGUCUCGCUCCUCCGCCCUCUCCCUGACUUGUCCUCUGACCGCGCUCAGUGGUUUGAGUUCUGGGGUGAUGCUGCUCCCGGCGCGCCGACUCCUGGCCCGAGCUUUGUUUUCUGCGCGUGCUACCCCGCCCCGGGCGGCGAUGUGGCGACGUGGUCGGCUAUUGUUUCCUCCGUCACUGAGGUACGCGCGCGCCACCCGGGUGCGCGCGUCCUGAUCUGUGGCGAUGGUAACGUCCACCUGUCCUACGUCUUGCAGCAUCCUCCUGGCUGUGCUUGCCUCCACUGCCGCCAGUCGGCGCAAGACCGCACCAUCGAGGCUAUGAUCACCGCCGCCGGCUUUGUGGCGUGCAACCCGCCAGUUGCCACGCAUGACUCGGGCACGUGCAUCGACCUGAUCCUCGCCGAGCGCCACUGUCUCAUUCCUGUUACUGUCGCCCAUGCGAGUGGUGUAGAUUCGGACCAUCGGUUGGUCUCGUGUUCGUUCCCGUGCGCCUUCCGCCCCCCGCAGCUGUCAGGGCUGUGUCGCGUGACGUGGCGCACAGAUGGCCAGUGGGACGAUGUGCUGCUCGCCGUGGCGCCUGUCCUGGCGUACCUGGCUGACGCCGUCGAGUCCCUCAUUGCCUGUGAGUGGCUGCGCCCUCCGUGGAGCGGGGGGGGCGCCACUAAGAAGCAGCGCCGCGCUUUAUUGGACGCGGCCGCUUGGGCGCGCGACGUGAUUUACGUGCUGGCUGGGUUCGCGGCGGGGGCGACUAAGGCGUCCGCGGCAGCCCCCGUGCGCCCGAGUAGGCCUCCGCUAGACCCCGACGCGUACGAAUCGCAAGCUGCUUUUAAAAGGGCUGUUGCGCAAGCCGCGUGGGCCGAGCGCCACCUGGCGUUUAAGCGCUUCUCCGACCUCCGCACGGUCUCCCCUGGUUUGGCCGGUGUGGAGGAGAUGCUCGAGGCAUUGCAGACUGACAUGAUGGACCGCGUGCGCAAUGAUUUCCCUUGUAGCCCGGAGGAGCAGCGCGCGCAGGCCUGCGCGGUUUCGGCGAUCCGGUCGGUUGGCGCUGGCCCUGCCUCUCCGGGCCUCGCCCUUUACUCGACCACUGAGGUGGAUGCCGUCUUAGACAGCUUGAAGACCACCUCCUCCGCGCUCCGCGGGUGUUUCGCUUCUGUCCGGUCGGCGGUGCCAGAGGGCCGCAGGGUUACCCUAGCCCUCGCGAACCUUUCCCGGCAGUGCGCCAUUACGAGCACCCUGUGGUCGAGCCGGCAGGUGACUCCCCUGCACAAGUCGGGCCCCCGCGUCGUCCGCUCCACUUUGUGCUUGCGCCCGAUUUCUAUUUCGGCGGUCAUGACGUCUGUCGUGGAUGGCCUGUGGACGUUGCGCAACGCCCCGCUGUUACAGGCGUACUGCGGAGUGGCCCAACAGGGCGGAGUGGGUGACCCCCUCUCUCUCCUCCUGGCUCUUCUCCUUCAUGCCCAACUCCGCUGUGCCCAGGGCCUGCCCACAUAUUGGGCGGUCACGGAUCUUCAGUGGGCGUUUGAUGUUGCCUCCCACCCCGCCAUGCUCCUGAAUGCCUACGAAGCAGGUGUCCGUGGCCAUGAUUGGCUUCUCCUUGACGAUUUUAUGUCGUCCGACAACCAGUACAUUGCGCUUCGCGGCCACAUCUCUUCUUUGUUUUCGCUUGGCGGCGGCACGGCGCAGGGCCGUAGGUUCAGCGUGGGUGUUUUCAACGCGCAGCUCAAGUGGCUGGCGGAGGAGGUGUAUCGCGUGCUGCCUGGGAGCUGUGCUGCUUGGGUUGAGCCCCACCUGCGGCGUUUGUGCUUAGCGCUUCCUGUGCCUGAUUCCCCUGCCGCGUGUGGGCCAGCGCCGCCAGCUGUUGGGGGCGACCUCGAAGCCUUGGCUGUCGAGGUGGCGUCGGCAGCUGCCGCGGAGCAGGCGCCCUUCCCGAGUGCCGUGCGCGCGAUGAUGCGCGGUGCCCUGCGGCUAGCUUCUGAGGCCGACAGGGCCUACUUGAUGGACCGCCUGGGCACGGGCCUUUUGCCCCCACUGCAGUUUGUUGAUGACCUCACGGUUGCCACAUCCUCGCCGGGGGCUCUCCGAGCCAUCGUGUCGCGGGAGCCAUGGUCAGCCUGCUCGCGGUACGCUAGCCGCACCCGGUCCAUGUUUAAUUACAAGACGGGGAAAACCGCGGCCAUGGUGAUCCUUGACAGCCCCCCGCCGGGGGACAUCGGCUGCCCAGUGGUGGAUACUAAGGCCCUGCUGGGGGUGCUCUUUGACUCCCGGCUCUCUUUCCGCCCCCUGCUUCGGGCUACGCUGGCCAAAGGUCAUGAGCUGUUCGAGGCGCUGUUUUUCGCCGGCGGGUCUGGGGGCUUUGGUCUCCCAGUCCUGUGUGCCCAAGUGCCGUCGCGCGUGGAAUCUGCCUUGCUCUACCCCUCCCCGUUCCUCUUCCUGGCCGAGCGGGCGCGUUUUUCACUCGAUCAUUUGCAAGCGUCCUGGGCACGGCGUUUGCUCGGAUGCGCUAUCGGCCCAGAAUUGCCCGGCGCGGUUGUCGUAGCGCAGUGUGGGUGGCAGCUGCGCUUGGGCACUAAGAUGCUUGAGCGUACGGUCCUCGCUCGCGCAAGGCUGCUCCUCCUGCCCGCCGAGCACCCGGGUGCCAGUAUGCUGACAGUGGCCUCGGGCACGAGCUGCUCCACGUGGGCGAGCGCGGAUGCGACCGACUCCUCUGCUGACCUCGUCGCCAGCUUCCUCCGUGGCGACUUGGACGAUGAGGCGCAGGGGAUCAUUGUCAUGUCGGAGGCAGCCAUCGCCGGCGGCAUGGCGCAGUCUGCCUCUAGUGGGCCAGGUCGACGCUGCGCAGCUAGUUUCAAGCCAACGGCGACCAGCCAGGCCAAAAUCCACUUUCGGGCACUGGGUGCUGUCUCCGACGUGGCGCUGAAGACCCUGGCCUGGGCGGGGGCGGUGGGGGAGUUCUCAGUGUCUGUCUCGCUCGACAUGUAG